AAAAAAAACAAACACAUGAAUGUACACACACGUGUAUCCAGCUCAUCAAUAUUUUAAUUACUUAGUAAAGUAACUUAGAUGUAAAGUUUUAUAAAUAUAAAUUUUUAUAAUAAUUACAAGUCAGUAUGUAAAACGUAAUAUAUGAUAAAAUGUGUACGAAUUUGUUCAACGUCGAGGGUAAACCAUUGAAAUUUUAUCUUGAAACAUUCAAAUGUUUUGGUAUUUUAAUAAAGGAUCAUGGUGGCAUCAUUGUUGAAGAGCCAGAUAAUGACACUUAUACAUUAACUGAUCCAAAUUUACAAAUUAAACAAGAGCAACAAGUUGAACGUUAUCACAUUGAAUUUGCAGUUGAAUCAAUUCAUCUGGGUAGACUUCUUGACAUAAGAAAAUUCAGAAUAUCAGAUAUAGAUUCAAAGAAUCAAGAUGGAAAAAUGAAUAAUACAAUUGUCAAAUCAGAGCCAAAUAUUCAACAAUCAACACUUGUAUCUGAUAAUAAUGAAAAAUUAAAAAAUAAUGUUGUUUCAAUACAACAAACAUCCCCAGAAACUUCCACAACUAAAAGAAAGCUACGUAGUAAUUUAAAAGAAAUUGAAAAAAAAUUACCACGUUUAAUAAAACAAAGAAAAAAACGUACUAAUAAAAAUAACAAAGAUUUAUUAAAUUUAAAUAAACAAACAAAUCAAGUUACAAAUAAAAUUAUUGAACAAAUUGAUAAUAUUAUUAAAAAUGAAACAGAUAAUAAUUCAAGUGAAAAUAGUUCAACUGACAAACCAAUAAAUCAUGAAAAUAAACUUCCAAAUAAUUUGUCAAGUAAACUUCCAAAAGAACUUCCAAAUGAAAUUUUAAAUGAUGAAAAAAAUGUAUUAAUAUCUGAAACAAUUAAUGGUGAUAAAAAAAUAAUAUACGUUGAUGAUGAUGAUGAAGAUAUAUAGAAAAUAAUGAUGAUAAUUGAUACUGUUAAUGAUCCAUUGUGGAAUGGUAAACGUUCAAGAAUAACAAAUAAUGGUGAUAUUGAAUAUAAAUCAUUAGAAGAUUCAAUAAAGAAAAUAAUGAUGAUACUGUUAAUGAUCCAUUGUGGAAUGGUAAACGUUCAAGAAUAACAAAUAAUGGUGAUAUUGAAUAUAAAUCAUUAGAAGAUUCUGAUUAUCGUGAUCCAAAACAAUUUCAUCAAGAUCUAAUGGGAAUUGGAAAACCAAUUAAAAAAUUUGAACAAGAUGCUAUGAUUGAUUAUUUGAUUAAAUCAAAUAGAAUUUUAAGUGCAACAUCAACAAGUGCAUGGACAACAAUGCAAGAAAGUGAACAACUACUUAGAUAUCGUCAUGUUGAAUCACUUAAAUUACAUUUAAUUAAAAAAAUUCUACCAAGAAUUGACGAUUGGGAAUUACCACCAGAUAUUCAUAAUCAAUUUGUCAAUCUUUAUCAAAUGACCAAGAAGAGAAAAAAACAUCAAAAAUAUAGCCAUUUAAGUUAAUUUUAAAAAAUAUAUAAAUAAUUAUUUUAUCAAUCAACAAAAAAACAUAAUUAUUUGUGAUUGAUUUAUCAUUAAAUUAUUAACAUCACAAAUAUAAUCAUCACAUUAGUAUAAAUAUAUAGGUAUAGGUAUAUUAUUUUUUUCGUUUUUUAAAAUUAAAUAUCAAUCAAUUUUAUUAAAUAAAUAACAAUUAUUUCAAAAUUACUUAAUCAUAUAAAUUUUAUUGCUUAAAUUAAAUUCAACAAAAAAUUUAUUAUUUUAACGAUUCUCAAAAUAUUUCGAUUAAUGAAUAUUAUAUACUUAAAAUUAAAAAAAAAAUAGACUGCUAAUUAUUAAUUUAUUAAAUAUAAUAAUUGUUCUUAAAUAUUCGUAUUAUUAUUUCUAUUUAAACAUUAAUUUGUGAAUGUAAUUUUUUGUUUUUUUUUUUAAUUAACCAAGUCGUGGAAUAAAAAAGAUUCUUGCAAUUGACAUUUCAUAGUUGAUUGAUUUUUUAUUUUCUAAAACUUCAAUUUUAGGUUUUGAAUUAUCAAGUAAUUUAUCAACACAUGUAUUAUUAAUAAUUUGACUAUUAAUACAAGAAUCAAAUUGAAUACUUAAACUUGUAACUGAUUUACGAUGUUCUUCAAUUAUAUCAUCAAGACAAUAAUUAAUUUUUGAUGAUAAUAAUUUAUUAUUUUGUUCUAAUUCAUAUUGAAUAUCUUUAUAUACAUUUUCAUGUCUAUUUGAUAAAAAUUCAAAUUCAUCAAUACAUGAUAAAAUCAAUUGUAAUGAUGAAUAAUUUUUGUAACACAUUUCAAAUGAUAAUUUUGUCUGAAUUUUCUGUAAUUUAAAUUAAAUAAAUUAUUAUUUUAUAAA